GACCAGCUUUUAGUCGUUCCGCAUAGCUCAGUGGGUUCAAGUCGGCUUCCUUUCCACUUUCGACGGAGUCUGCGGAAAGUAACGGGUUUUUUCUUUGCAAAUCGAAAUGCAAAGCAUGUGACUUUUGCAAAAAGUUUUUCGCUUAUUUGUGAAAACCCAACCGAAAAACCAUCUCUGAGAUGAGCAACCAUCAAGGCAACGAAAUCGCGCCAGUGGCGCCUAAGCCACAGGACUUCAAAGCUCCUGUCUUUAAGGAUGACAAACUUGUGCUCUACUUUCAUCCGUACAACUUUUACUCACAAAAAGUGCUGCUGGUGCUUUAUGAAAAAAAUAUUGAAUUUACUCCGUACAUGAUCGAUCUGUGCAAUGGAGAGCAAUAUUCGAAUUGGUUCCUAAAUCUGAAUCCCAAGGGGGACGUGCCAGUGCUGCAGGAUGGAAUACUUACCAUACCCAACUCUCAGCACAUCAUCAACUAUGUGGAAACCAAAUAUCGUGGAGAGUCGCAUCCACUUCUCAAGCCAUACAAUCCAAAUUCUUUCGAAGCUGGUAAAGUGACAAUUUUUGAACGAGAAUUAUCUCGACUUCCAAUCGGUGCUCUAAGUCUGGGAUCUUUUAUCCACGAUGAUCUGAAACUAGUGCCAAAAGCUCCGUUCAUUGGACCUGUGCGUCAAGCGCUGCUCAAGAACAACCACAAAAUUGUUGAACUCUUGCGUAGCCAGUUAAGCGAAUCGAUUGUUCAAAGUGCUGCCUUAAACCAGAAACUAAAUCUUCAAUUGCGACGCCGAGAGUUGGUUUCAUCACGUGCCGAUUUCCAGCGGGUCCUUGAUGCGGUGCUUGAUCUACUGCUCAAGGUGGAGAAACAAAUGGAAAAAGAUAAUAAGGAUGGUUGGCUAAUUGGAGAUGACUUUACACUGGCUGAUGUUGGCUUUGGAAUUCUGCUGCAGCGUCUUUUUCAGUUGGGAUUCGAGAACUAUUACUGGGCUCAUGGCAAGUUGCCAAGGGUGGAGCGUUACUUUAUGCGCUUCAGGCAACGAGCAUCGUACCUUAAGCUAAUCCCGAACAGCAAUUUCGAGAUACUCAAGGAAAUGUGGAGUAUGACGCCGACGAACUACAAAGUGGGAGCCACGGCCGGUUUCUUGGUUGGGCACAUUGUAUAAACACGAAACGAAUAAGAACGCUUAAAGCUACUGCAUACGUAACAACAAUGCAAGAUAUGGACUGCAGAAGUCACAAGGAAGAGGCGAAAAGACAGAUUGCGAUAGAGCGGAC